GGACCUGCCCCUUGUGGCUCCGGGGCUAGAAAAGAGAGUCGAUGCCGGCAGCAGUGAUGAGUCUUGGGAGGUAUUGGCGGCUUGGCGGUUCCGAGGAGCGGCUGCUGCUGGUGGCCUUUUUGCAGAUGUAUUGCUGUCACUGAACACUGGCCCAUUGGAAAGCACUAGAGAAGCUCAGCCAUCAGUAUGUCCAAGUACAAACUGAUUAUGUUAAGACAUGGAGAGGGUGCUUGGAAUAAAGAGAACCGUUUUUGUAGCUGGGUGGAUCAGAAACUUAACAGUGAAGGAAUGGAAGAAGCUCGGAACUGUGGGAAGCAACUCAAAGCGCUAAACUUUGAGUUUGAUCUUGUGUUCACAUCCGUCCUGAACCGGUCCAUCCACACAGCCUGGCUGAUCCUGGAAGAGCUGGGGCAGGAGUGGGUUCCCGUGGAAAGCUCCUGGCGUCUCAAUGAGCGUCACUAUGGAGCCUUGAUCGGUCUCAACAGGGAGCAAAUGGCUUUGAAUCACGGCGAGGAACAAGUGAGGCUGUGGAGAAGGAGCUACAGUGUGACCCCACCGCCCAUUGAGGAGUCCCAUCCUUACUACCACGAAAUCUACAACGACCGGAGAUAUAAAGUGUGCGACACUCCUUUGGAUCAGCUGCCACGAUCCGAGAGCUUAAAGGAUGUUCUGGAGAGACUCCUUCCUUAUUGGAAUGAAAGGAUUGCUCCUGAAGUAUUAAGUGGUAAAACCAUUCUGAUAUCUGCUCAUGGAAAUAGCAGCCGGGCACUCCUGAAACAUCUGGAAGGUAUCUCAGAUGAAGACAUUAUCAACAUUACUCUUCCUACUGGAGUCCCCAUUCUCCUGGAACUGGAUGAGAACCUGCAUGCCGUUGGACCUCACCAGUUCCUGGGCAACCAAGAGGCUAUCCAAGCAGCCAUUAAGAAAGUAGAGGAUCAAGGAAAAGUGAAACGUGCUGACAAAUAAAAUCUUUCCCACGUGCUGGCUAGGGAUAGCUGUAGAAGGAGUGGUAUGCGGUGUGUUAUGGGUGCUGAGCUCACUUUUUUUUUUUUUCUCCCCCGCUGAUUUUUCCUGAUUUUUCCAGAUCUAGGCUGUGGGGUAGAGUUUGUAUAAGUAACUAGGUAACUUAUGUUGGCCCAGAUAAAGGCUUUAGGAUGCCUGAGUGCUAAUGUCAUAAGCCUUAUGCGUUAGCCCCUGCCGGCCCCGUUUGAAUUAGUCACUAAGUUAGUCACCAGUGGGGCUUAAUCAAUGUCAUAAGUUUCCAAGAUGGGGGAGCAACAAGUGGAGGUCAAGUUCAAGGUAUUCCUCAUUCAAUAAAUCAGUAUAGAGUGACCACUGACAGGCACUACUUACUCCAAUAAGUAGUUCACAGUUAUAUUUACUGAGACUUUCUAGGAUGAUAAUAAAGGGCAUUAGAUAACACACUAUACUUAAGUAUUUAUUACUAGUCUUUUCCUCUAGGGAGAGGGAUGCUUUGAUAGGUUAAGACCAGAGGCCCAUUAAAUGGGAGAGUCAUGGAUGGAUUCCUCCAAGACAGCCAACAACAAACACCAAGGCCCUUUGCCUCAUGACAUUUGGUGGAAUUCCUCUCUGGCUGCUAGAAUUAGCAGCAUAUAGACAGCUAUAGCUGUUCGUGUUCUCUUUUUGUUUUAUUUUUGUUUUUUAAACUUUAAUUUUGGGGUCUUUAAAAUUAAUUUAAAAAUAAGUUCUGUGACUGAAAAUGGUACCAUCCCAAGAAUUUCCAUGUGAUUCAUAAAUAUUAAGUAUAGGCUGCUGAAUUAUUCUCUGCUCUUAUCUUCCUAUAACACAAAGAGUUGUACUUAUUUCAACACGUAGACAUGCCUAAUUCUCUAAAAAUUGAAGGUCAGGUCGGGGGAAGGUAGAAUAUAGUGGGUGUAAUUUUAUUCACUUGAACAGGGGAAAUGGUAUAUUCGCACUUGUCAUGUACAUUUGUUCUUUAUCUGCGGAGGGCAAAACAUUAUGGUACGUAGUCUGUAGUAUUCAGGGUAGGCCACAGACAGAAUUGACUGCUUAUCAAUCUUAAUGAUAUAGGAUGUUUUUAGAUGCUGGAGAUAGGUAAGUGAUCAUUUCUUUAAGCUACUGCCUUAUUUCAGAGCAAGUGACAUAUAUUUCAGUGAUAAAGUCAUGUAAACAAUUUACAACUAUAAAAGCUGUUACAGAUAUCA